ACAGGCCUUGGAACGGAGCUUAAGUGACCAUCACUCGAUUUUUCUUUAUUAUAAAAUAUUCCGCAAGUAAAUUCAUAAUAAUGGCUCCAGUUGUAGAGAACAAAAAUAUCCUUGAGUUUCUAGAGCUCGUCGGUCGUUUGAAGCACGUCAAAAGAACUGGCUGGGUGCUAUGUGACAUCGACGAUUGUGAGUCCAUCGCUGGUCACAUGUAUCGCAUGGGCAUGAUGACUUUCCUGCUCACUGAAGACAACAACCUAACUAAAUUGGAUCGCUUUAGGUGCCUACAAAUAGCUCUCGUCCAUGACUUGGCCGAGUGUAUAGUCGGAGAUAUCACUCCACAUUGCGGAGUCUCUCCUGAGGAGAAACACAGACAAGAGGAUGAGGCUAUGAAGAAAAUCGCAGAGCUCACUGGUUUUGCUGGUGACAGGAUGUACGAGCUUUACAAGGAAUAUGAAAAUCAAACCUCACCCGAAGCAAAGUUCGCAAAAGAUUUAGACAGGUACGAUAUGAUUUUACAAGCUUUCGAAUAUGAGAAACGCGAGAAAGCUCCCAGAAAGCUACAAGAAUUCUUCACAGCGACCGAGGGAAAGUUCUACCAUCCGUUUAUCAGGGACUUGGUGACGGAAUUGUACAGGCAAAGAGAGGAAUUCGAAAAGAAAUCUGUGGUAAAUGGUACCACAUAACUCA